AUGUCCUUGAGAGUGGAAUUUGUGGCGGAUGACCACCGAGCAGAGCAGCAAGGCAUCUCAAAUCCUCUUCUAUGGAAAACGGAAGAUGAACAUCAAAAGGAAAGAAGGAAGAAAUAUUUUCAUAUCCAGAGUAAAAUUGAUCAUCAUCGAGCAGCCAAGUUUGGAAACCAAUCGACUGUGCCUGCGCGAGGAAAUAAAGACGUUGAUAGGAAACUACGGUACAGAUCGAAGCUUUGA